AUGGAUCGCGCGCGCGAGCCCGCGGGCGACGCGGGCGGUCGCGCGCCGUCGCUCGACGCGCUCGACGCGCCCGAUCGCGCGCGCGACGACGCGCGCGACGGCGCGAACGACGUCGAAUGGCGAACGGUCAACGGACGCAAAAAUGCGAAAUCGUCGCGCGAGCGUCUCGCGCGGUCGUCGUCGUCGCAGUCGCGCGCGGAGGAGAUCGCGGACGCGAGCGUCGCGAGGGUGAACGCGUACGAGGCGAUCGCGCCGCCGGGAACGCCGACGCGAAGCGAGAGGGAAGGGGAGGGCGAGGGAACGGAGGGACGAGACGCGAGACGACGCGCGAAGCGACGCGCGAGACGAGGCACGCGACGGACGAGCGCGGCGCUGCGCGUGCUGGGAGGCGCGAGCACGGGAGCGAGCGAGGAUGAGUACUACGGAGAGGGCGCGGACGGCGGUUGGGGAAUCGGAGGGAUCGCGGCGCGAGCGGCGGCGUUGGCGGCGGCGACGGCGAGGGCGAGAUUCGAUACCGCGCGCGAAGCGACGACGACGCCGGAUUCGGACGCGGCGGGGCGAGGGAAGGAAGAGGGCGAGGUGGUUCCGUUGAUGAUGCGGACGUUUCCGCCGAUCGGGGGGUCGAGACCGCCGUUGCCGGGACGAGCGACGGUGAGGGCGCCGAUGUCGCCGCCGAGGCCGAGACCGCCGAAGACGCCGAAGACGCCGAAAUCGCCGACGACACUCGAGCGCACGAAAAGUGGGCGUCACGGAGGGGACGGGGAGGAGAGAGAGCAUCAAAACGCGCUGGAUUGGUUCUUUCAUCAGAUGGAUCUCGCCUUUGCGGGCGUCAUGCUCGCCGUGUACGCGUUUUACGACACGGUGAUGAAAUUCAUAGGUAUCAAGGUUUUGCGCGUAUCUCAGAGUUCUCGGAGCGUGCGACAGACGGAGGCUCGAGUGGCCGAAGAGCGCGCGGCCGUGGAGGAGUUUGAGGAGAUUUUGUCGGCGCGGCAAACCGCGACCGAGGCGUCGUCGAGGUCGCCGUCGGCGAGCGACGUUGACGGCGCAAACCGCACGAGUCGACCUCGCACGCCUCCGAGCGCGUCGACGAGCGCGACGACGUCAAAACACGCGACGAUACCUUCGGUUGAGCAGCGCGUGGUGGAAGAACGCGAGGAAGGUGAACUGACGCCGUCGCACGCUUUACGGCGACGACUAAGCUCGAGUCUCGGCGGCGCGUGGGGUGGCGGUGGCAACACGCCACCUUCGUUCCGAGUUGCGCGCGUCGACGAAGACGCGACGCACGCGCACAACGAGCUCGUCUCGUGCGUGGGCUCGCGCGGCGAUGAAUACAUAACUGGAGGGUGGGACGGCACGCUGCGGACGUGGAAGUGGGAUCCGACGAAAGGGCUGUCCGGAGGCUUGCCCAUGACCGGACAGCACAACGACAACGUCGAGUUCCUGAGCGUCGACGCGAGAGAAGACCACGAGCGACUAGCGAUUUCGGGUGGGCGCGAUUGUACGGUGCGCAUUUGGGACGUCGCGAAGCGAUCGCAGCGAAGUCGUAUUUACGCGUUUGAAAACAUCGCGAGCGGGUGCGUCGACUGGGAGUCGCAAACAGUCGCCGUGGGCUCACGAGGAGGCGCGGUGAUGUUGUGGGACGCCGAAAAGGGAUCCAAAAAGUGCACGCUUCGCGGGCACGAUGGUGAAGUCACAUCCAUGUGCACGUACGAUUGGUCCGAAGGUGGCGCCACGCUUUACGUCUCCGGCGGCGCUGACGGCACGGUUCGCGUGUGGGACGCUCGUCAGCAUGUCGCCGUUGCGACGAUGACGGAGCAUCGUCGACGCGUGUACGCUGUGUGUCCGGGUCCAAAGGGUAUCAUCUUCGCCGGCGAUUUUUCGUCGAACGUCAAGGUUCACUCUUUAUCCAACCCGGGCGCGCUACCUCGCUUGCUGCCAAACGUGCCGAGCAUGGACGGCUGCGAAGCCCCGAUCGCGGGGUUGCAAUACGUGAAACUCGACGGCAUGAACGGUGGCGGCCUGUUGCUCUCAACCGCUGCUUACUUCCCGCUCAACGAAAACGGCGAGGAAUCCGACGACGACGACGCUCCGCAAGGCUGCGUCCACGUUCGCGCCGUCGACGCCACGGGCGCCGGCGUCGGCCCGGUCUCCGACCAAGACGGCGACGGUUAUAUGUACACCCUGAAAGGCAUCGAAGGGUUGCUCACGUGCGCGUCCCUCACCGCCACAUCCGACGGUCAUCGCAUGCGUCUCGUCGUCGGCGCCGGAUCUGGCGCGCUCGGCGCGUACGCCGAGGGCGGCGCGCUCAGCGGCCAAACCGCCGACGACGCCUACGCGUCCACCAUCGAACGCGCCGACGACUUGGGCGUGGAAUCUUUCGACUGA